AUGAUGGGCGCGAACGCGGCGGUCUUCGACAUUCUUACUGGAGAACCCUUGAAUAACUCAUUGGACGAAUGGGGUCAAGAGCAGCGUUUUCAGGCACAUCUCAACGUCAAGACACCUUCCCCAUGGAGCGCCUACUGUUACAUAAUUUCCGUAUAUCUUGUUGGUCUCAUGUUUUUCUCGAUUGCUCUCAACUGCAAAGAGAAACACCGUGCGACGUUCAUCGUUGGGUUCUGCGCCAUCGGUGUUGAGAUCAUACGGUCCUGCAGCGGCCUGGACAUCAACUACACACUGAAGGAUACGAUCAUCAAGACCAUUACCAUCCAGUGCUCGGGCUCGGUUGUAAUGGUUUUGCGCGAGAAGUUCGUGCUUACCGAGAAACAAAAGCAACUUCCAUGGGGACGACGGGCCAUUGCGACAUACAAGGCCUUGUGGAAUGGACGCUUCGUCGGAACCACUCGUCCAGCUCCCAUCUUCCACCUCCUCGAGGAACAGGGUCAGCAAAAUGCCCCGCCCGUCGUCAUCGAGACAUCAACCGAAAAGUCCAAAACUAAGCCCGAAAAGAGCAGAGAGAGAAGCGAAAGCACCGCAGCUUCGAAUAAACCAAUGCCGACUGCGGACUUGUUAGGGGCACCGAUGGACCGAGGAAUCAUGCUGCGAGCUUGGAAUCUCGCCUGCAGGUAUGCCUUCAAGAUAUGGUACAGCGCUCGACUCCGAUUCAUAUUGAAGAGCGUUGCGCAUCUCGUUAUCAUCGUCAUGAUAGAAGACCUCAAGGAUGUCAUGGCCACGAGAUAUCUCGCAUACAGCUGGAGAGACGUGGCAGACCACAAGCGCAGUAUUGUCCGCCGCUACUUGAGGGGCGACCCAGUUGAUCUUCGAGAGGUGGUGAUACGCGCCUUCUUCGCUUUCCAGGGCGUCUGGGGGGCUUACAACUGGUACAACCGCAUCCACCUUCUCGCAGGACUUUUCUUCGUCGGCAUUGGAGUCGACGAACCCGAGGAGUGGCCUCCGGUAUUUGGAGACAUUCGCCAGGCGUGGAGCGUCCGUCGCUACUGGAGCAAAUACUUUGACCGCAUCACAUACCGCCCAGUCAACGGAUUGGGAGAGAUCUUCAUGGAGUACGGCGGCUUCGGACAGCGUCCUUACCGCGGCAAGAAGCGCUGGGUCUUGAAUGGCCUUGUCUUUGCCAUUAGCGGGUUCUUCCAUGCAUUCAGCGACUAUUUCGCUGGUGUUGAGUGUGGUUUCUGGUCGGAAGUUGGCUGGUGGGUGGGAAACUACUUCGCUAUUGUGGGCGAGACAGUUUUCUUGUGGACUUUGCAUACCUACUGCCCCCGAUUUUACAAUGCGAUGAGCGGCAUGGUUGCACAGUUUGCCAUCAUGUCGAAAGCGCUGGUCGAUGUGGCCCAGGCCAUCAAAGAUCUCACCUUGGAGGAGAAGAUCAGACUUCUUGCAGGAAAGGAUACGUGGACUACGCAUUCGAUUGAUAGACUGAACAUACCAUCCAUCACGACUUCCGACGGGCCCCAUGGGGUCCGAGGCACUGCCUUCUUCAACGGUCCCCCUGGAUGUUUAUUACCGUCAGCCACGGCAAUGGGGGCGACGUUUGACGUCGAACUCAUGCACUCUGUGGGCAAAAUGCUCGCAACGGAGGCGAAGGAGAAGAAAUGCCAAGUUAUUCUUGCCCCAACGGUCUGUCUGCAGAGGUCGCCUCUCAUAGGCCGAGGCUUUGAGGCCUUCGGCGAAGACCCAGUCCUCAGCGGAACAUUGGCCUCAGCGUAUAUCAACGGCGUCCAGGAAAAUGGCGUGGCUAUUUGCAUCAAGCAUUUCGCAGCUCAUGACCAAUCGACUAUGUCGAUCGAGGAUUCCAUCCGAGUAACUGAGAGAACGUUGCGUGAGCUGCAUUUCAUGCCCUUCCAGAUUGCUGUUAGGAAGGCGAACCCUUGGUCAUUUAUGACAGCCUACCACCGGAUCAACGGCAUCCAUGCCAGCGAGAAUCCCUGGCUGUUGGACGACAUCCUGCGUCAAGAGUGGAAAUGGGACGGCUUGGUCAUGAGUGACUGGUUCGGAACUUAUAGCACAUCGGAGGCCGUGAAUGCCGGCCUCGACCUUGAGAUGCCGGGUCCAGCAAGAUGGCGGGGUCAGUUAUUGACGUGGGCUCUUCUUUGCCGCAAAGUCAAGGAGUCUACGAUAGACGACCGAGUCCGGAACCUGCUGAACCUCAUCAAUAAGGUGCAUCCAGCUUUGGAAUACCUCCCCGACGAGAAUCACGGUGAUACAGAAGAGAAACGCCAAAUCUGUCGCAAAGUCGCGAGCGAUUCCAUCGUUCUUUUGAAGAAUGAGAGGGAAGUUCUUCCUCUGGACGCAUCUUCGAACAAGACGCUUGGUCUCAUAGGACCUGCGGUUCGGUUGCCCGCAGUGAGUGGUGGAGGGUCUGCGGAUCUCACCCCAUACUAUGUGAGCACGCCGCUUGACGCCAUCACCGAAGUCGUCGGAAAUGCAUUGGUGAAGACAGCGGUUGGUUGUUAUGGUCACCUGUUCACGCCUCUUCUCUCAUCCGAUGUCAGUAUUCCGGGCACGCAUCAGCCUGGAUACAUCUUAAACUGGUUCCGCGAGAACUUUGAGGAGCACCCAGGAGCGAAACCAUUGCACACCACGACCACGACUCAAGCUCAGAUGUACUUCGCAGACAGCCUACCGGAAACUGUUCCUGGAGAAUAUUGGCUCCGGGUAAUGACAGUAUACACCGCUCCGAAGACGAUGACCAUCCAGGUCGGGCUUUGUGUUAUUGGGAAGGGAAAGCUAUAUGUCAACGGGAAGCAGGUGAUUGAUGUGUUCACCAGCCAGCCUAAGAAGACUCUUCAGACGCCAAUGUUCAACCAGGCUAGCAUGGAAGUCGUUGCGGAUGUCGAAGUUGAGGCGGGGAAGCAGUACCUUCUUUCCGUCUUGCUGAGAAAUGAAGCUGCCAUCCCUGGAGUUGGUGCUCUCAGCGCUGGUGGUUUGAGAAUCGGGUGCUGCGAGAAGAUUGACCCAGCGAAGGCUUUGAAUGAUGCCGUGCAGCUGGCCAAAGAUGUCGACAUCCCCAUCGUCAUAGCCGGGCUGAACGCAGACUAUGAAAGCGAGGCGGUGGAUCGAAAGUCGCUUCAGUUACCACCAGGAGUCGACGGCCUCAUCCAGCGAGUCGUCGAGGCAAACCCAAAUACAGUAGUGGUGACACAGUCGGGAUGUCCUAUUGCCAUGCCGUGGAUCCAGAAGGCCGCGACGGUGCUCCAUGCGUGGUUUGGCGGUCAAGAGACUGGUAACGCCAUUGCCGAUGUUCUCUUUGGCAAGGUGAACCCGAAUGGUCGUCUUCCAGUCACGUUCCCGGCCAGGUUGGAAGAUACGCCGGCGUUCUUGACUUUCGGAAAGGGGCAACGGGAUAUUAUGUACGGUGAAGGCGUUUUCAUUGGUCACCGUUACUAUGAAAAGGUGAAGACCCGGCCUCUCUUCUACUUCGGAUACGGCUUGUCGUACACGAAUUUCGAAUACUCAAAUCUGUGCAUGCCCAAGACAGUUAGAUUGGACGAUGCCAGCGCGAAGACCUUCGGUGUCUUUGUCGAUGUUCGCAACUCGGGCUCGAGGGAUGGGUACGAGGUUGUGCAAGUCUAUGUCCACGACGUGGAAGUGGCGUUUGAUCGUCCCCGGAAAGAACUGAAGGGGUUUGCAAAGGUCUGGAUUGAAGCAGGCGAUGUGAAAACCGUUCGGUUGACCCUCGAUAAGUAUGCCCUGUCAUACUGGAAUGAGGAAUUGGAGCAUUGGCUCGCCGAGCGAGGCGCCUUUCGAGUUAUCAUUUCACGCAGUGCUGAUCCGGAAGACGAGAUCCUGACUGCUGAUUUUGAGCUUGAAGAGAAUGUCAGCUGGAAGGGGAUUUGA